AUGGUUCUGGCAGAUUUGGGAGGACAGCUAGCCUCGGCUAUUCGAAAGUUCCAAUCAAGUACCAUUGUAGACGAGGCUGCUAUAGACUUAUGUUUGAAAGAAAUUGCAACAGCUCUACUCAAGGCAGAUGUCAAUGUGAAGCUGGUUGCUCAGCUGAGAAACAAUAUUAAGAAGUCUGUGGAACAGGAGGAUGUGGCAGGAGGUUCAAACAGACGUCGUCAGAUCCAGAGUGCUGUUGUGGAGGAGCUGGUGAAUAUACUGACUCCAAGCAGAACUCCCUACGUUCCCCAGAGAGAUAAAUCUAAUGUUAUAGUUUUUGUUGGUCUCCAGGGUUCAGGAAAGACAACUACUUGUACUAAGUUUGCCAACUAUUAUCAAAGAAGAGGUUGGAAAACGGCUUUGGUUUGUGCGGAUACUUUCAGAGCUGGAGCUUUUGAUCAGCUUAAACAGAAUGCAACAAAAGUCAAGAUUCCGUUCUAUGGAAGCUACACAGAGACUGAUCCUGUUAAGAUUGCUCGUGAUGGUGUCAGAGAGUUCAGGAAGGAAGGUUACGACCUAAUUAUUGUAGAUACUUCCGGUCGCCAUAAACAGGAGGCAUCUUUAUUUGUCGAAAUGGAGCAAGUUGUGAUGGAAACUAACCCUGAUGAUGUGGUAUUUGUCAUGGACAGUCAUAUUGGCCAGGCCUGCUACGACCAGGCAAUGGCAUUUUGCAGUGCAGUUGAUGUUGGAAGUGUCAUUAUCACCAAGCUGGAUGGCCACGCAAAGGGAGGAGGAGCUUUGUCAGCUGUAGCUGCAACUGGAGCUCCCAUCAUCUUUAUUGGAACUGGAGAGCACUUCGAUGAAUUUGAACCUUUUGAAACUAAGGGAUUUGUUUCAAGAUUACUUGGACUUGGUGAUAUUAGUGGCUUAAUGGCUAAAAUUAAUGAGGUUGUCCCUUUGGAGAGACAGCCAGAUAUGGUCAAUAGGAUUGUCCAAGGUAUCUUUACAUUGAGAGAUAUGUACGAGCAAUUCCAGAAUAUGUUAAAUAUGGGCUCUCCAAGUGCUCUUUUGUCUAUGAUUCCUGGAAUGGGUCCAAAUAUCCUUGCAAAAGAGGACGAACAGGCAGGAAUAGAAAGGCUCAAGAAGUUUAUGGUCAUUAUGGACUCUAUGACAGAAAAUGAAUUAGAUAAUGAAAAGACUAUUAAUGCUUCCAGAAUAGAGCGUAUAUCUAGGGGAAGUGGAACUUCCAAUGAAGAUGUACAAGAACUCCUCUCUCAGCACAAAAUGUUUUCCAAGAUGGUGGGUCAGAUUGGAAAACUUGGCUUAGGGAAAAAGGGAGGAUUGGAUAUGUCAUCUAUUAUGAAAAAUCCUACCCAACUCAUACAAAAGAUGCAAAAAGCCAUUGACCCUAGAAUCUUUAAACAUAUGGGAGGACCUCAGAAUAUGAUGAAUAUGAUGAGAGAAAUGGAUAAGUUCCAAGGCUCUCCCGAUUUCCAGAAGAUGUUUGGAGGUAUGGGACUCUAG